UAGAUAUUUCUAAGCCAUCAUCGAGACACCUCAUUAUUCCUUUCUCUAGAGUGCUACUACCAUGGCAGCAGAAACACAAGUGGCAAUUCUAGGGACCUCUCUCCCUGUGCCAUGGGUUCAGGAUCUAGCCAAGGACAAGCUCGGCGUGGUCCCGGAGAGGUACGUCCGGACGGAUCAGGACCCUGUGAUUAUACCGGACUCGGCUUCACUGCCCCAGGUUCCAGUGAUCAACCUUCAGAAGCUCAGUUCAGGGGAUAGCAUCGACUCAGAGCUGCAGAGGUUGCACCAUGCUUGCAAGGAAUGGGGCUUCUUUCAGCUGAUUAAUCACGGGAUGAGCGAUUCACUGCUGGAGGACGUGAAGUCAGGGAUCCUGGAGUUCUUCAACCUCCCAAUGGAUCAGAAGAAGAAGUUUUGGCAGGUUCCAGGAGAAUUGGAAGGUUUCGGACAGGCAUUCGUGGUGUCUGAGCAGCAGAAGCUCGAGUGGGCAGAUGCCUUCCACAUGAUCACUCUCCCAACCUACCUCCGAAAGCCCCACUUGUUCCCUAAGCUUCCUCAACCUUUCAGAUUACGGAAGAUUCCUCAACACAAUAACAAGCAUAAACCUCGAUUUCCUAGUCAGAAUUUUCAUGAGUCUUCUUUGGAACUCAGGGAUACCUUGGAAACCUACUCAGCAGAGACGAAGAAUCUGGCGGUGAGGAUCCUUAACCUGAUGGCAAAAGCUCUAGGAAUGGAGGCGAAGGAAAUAGAUGACCUGUUCAUUGACGGGUGGCAGGGAAUGAGAAUGAACUAUUACCCUCCGUGUCCACAGCCUGAGCUCGUGAUGGGGCUCAACCCGCAUUCUGAUGCUGAUGCGCUCACCUUACUCCUCCAGGUCAAUGAAAUCGAAGGACUCCAAAUCAGGAAAGACGGGAUGUGGGUUCCCGUCAAAACCCUGCCUAAUGCAUUUGUGGUCAACAUUGGAGAUACUAUGGAGAUGGUCAGCAAUGGAAUUUACCGCAGCAUAGAGCACCGAGGGACUGUCAAUGCCCUGAAAGAGAGGAUCUCCAUGGCGACCUUUUAUAGCCCAAACAUGGAUGCUGAAAUCGGUCCUGCCCCAACCCUUGUAACUCCAGAAUCUCCUGCCCGGUUUAGAAGAAUCAGUGUAGCAGAGCAUAUGAAGGGAUGUCUCUCAGGCGAACUGCGUGGAAAAGCAUAUCUUGAUACCAUGAGGAUUUAAAGAUGAAGAAGCCCGCAAGAUGUCGAAGCAUAUUAGUAGUUCAUAAAGUUUCUACACAAUAAUAAUAAUAAUAAUAAUAAUAAUAAUAAUAAUAGUAACAAUGAGACUCAAUAACGACAUAUGCUUGGAUAUCUGUACAAUGCGCUGGUCCCUGUAAUUAAUCAUAAAGUUUUCUGCUUCACAAUUCAUUGUUUGUCAACACAA